AUGGAACACGAAACUCUGCCACAGGGGAUUAAAGAUCAGACGCGCGCUAUCUGCCAAGUUAGUAGCAACAAACCACUACUUCGUACGACCUGUAACCCACCUCAAGGUUCUGAAUCGCCAAUAGCCAAUCCUCUUCCUUCACGUGGUGUUCCUACAAAUUCUCAAGGCAUCUCUAAAAAUUCACAACGGAAGAAUCUCAACUCCACUAAUUUGGUGGAGCCAGGGAACAAUGGGGACCCACCUAGCUUUGUAGGAACCUUUUCGAUUUUAGAGGAUCCAAAGGUGGGGGCAUUUAUUAGACUUCCUUUUGAUCCCCGUUUGAAUAUUGCGGUACCUAAUCCAUGGGAUGAUAUAAACCCAAAUAGUUUAGGUUAUUUUGUAACGGAACCCCUCGAAAGCCCAGUGGAUGGUAAGGCCCAUUAUGAGUAUAGAGAUCAGGAUAGCCUUAUUGUUUUGGGCCAGAAUCCUCUUGAAGCUCAUUCACUUGUGAUCCAAGUUGAGCCUUUUAUGAAUAUGAACCAGAAUAAGGAAGAUGAGGGUGAAUUGACCUGA